AUGAUUAUUGAUAUCUAUUUAGAAGUCUUAGACGAAUGUCAAAAAGGCAAGCUGCAUUCGACGAAGGAAGACUUUUUUGAAAUUUUGGUUCAAGAGUAUAUGGGAAGCGAAUUCAUAAAGGAAGAAAAGGUUCCUAAGGAAGAAGUUCCAAGCUCAGAUUUCGGGUUUAGGGAUGAAGACUUUGUUCUUAAGGAAGAUGUUUUUAAGGAACAGGUUGCAAGUUCAGAUUCCGGGUUUAGGUAA